ACCUUCACCACGCACGGCGACACAUCCCUAUCCUCUCAACUCAAUUCCUCCCCAACAAACCGUAAAUACAACAGCAAUACCCAGCAAUGACCUCCCUCCGCAUUCUCGUUCCAAUAAAGCAGGUCAUAGACUACGCUAUAAAACCCCGCGUCAACGCCACCAGAACCGCCGUUGUGACCUCCGGCGUGAAAAUGUCCAUGAACCCCUUCGACGAGCUCUCCAUCGAAGAAUCCGUGCGCUUACGGGAACGCAACCGUGACGCGGUGCGGGACAUUCUUGCCUUCUCCGCCGGGCCGGCCAAGGCGGCCGACACGCUUCGCACCGCCAUGGCGAUGGGAGCGGACCGCGCGCUCCUCCAGGGGGAGGGGAGCGAUCUGGAGCCACUCUUUGUGGCGAAGUUGUUGAGGGAGGUGGUGCACAAGGAGGGGUGCAACAUGGUCAUCUGCGGGAAGCAGAGCAUUGACGAUGACUCUGGACAGACUGGACAGAUGCUUGCCGGCUUGCUGGGUUGGGGGCAGGCUACGCAGGCUGCGAAGGUGGAUGUGCAGGGUAGUGAGGUCGUCGUUACGAAGGAGGUGGAUGGUGGGGAGGAGGUGGUCAGGGUGAAGUUGCCUGCGGUGGUCACGACGGAUUUGAGACUUAAUGAGCCGCGAUACGCUACUCUCCCGAACAUCAUGAAAGCAAAGAAGAAACCGAUAGAGAAGAAGACGCUGGCGGACUUCAGCGUGGAGUUCGGGAAGAGGUUGGAGACUUUGAAGGUCGUCGAACCACCCCCACGCCAAGGUGGUGGAAAGGUCGACUCAGUAGAUGGUCUAAUCUCACGAUUGAAGGAACUAGGCGCUAUUUAA